UAGUUGGCACUAAUAAGUUUAGGGGAGCCAAUGGCCUCCAGUACACUCCUGGAGUCAGAAAAAAUUACCGCCUUGGAGUAUCCGGCGUCUUGUAUUAAAAUAAGGGCUUGUAAGAUGGCCCAUGCUUCUGCUGUAAACACAGAGGCCUCCGUACUCAGUUUAUAUCUGAAACUGACGCCCAGCUCCGGCGAAUACACCGCUGCACCCACACAUCCCCCUUCCUCCGUUUUGGAGCCGUCAGUAUAUAAGAAAGGACAUGAUGGAAGCUCUCACGGAAAACGAACUCGGAGUGUACAUAGAGACGCCUCCAUGGAUGUAAGACUGCAUAAAACGAGUCCAUUAUUAAUGGACGUGGCUUUGAGUACUAGUCUCUCAGACAGAGCGGCGAAACGGAGUUUAAGCGGUAGCUCUCUGGCUUCAUGCAAGAUAACGUUGAUAGGCGUAGACUGUCUGUAA